CAGGGACUGGCCGUAGUUGUGUUCGUGGAGAUUGUUUUCGCAGUUGGUCGUCAUGGCCUUUGCGCCCAGGGGGCCUAAGGCCUCGUUCUUCGAUGUGUUGGACCAGCACCGGGCUUCCCUGCUGGCCUCCCUGAGGAGAGGCGGAGGGGAGCCGGCGGGCGGGGGGACACGCCUGGCCUCUAGAUUUGAAGAUUCUGUGGGCCUUCACAUGGUAUCUCAUUGUACCACAAGAAAAAUCAAAAGUGAUUCACCAAAAUCAGUUAAAAAUUUUGCACUAAUUCUUAAAAUAUUGUCCAUGAUAUAUAAAUUAGUACAGAGCAACACUUACGCAACCAAAAGAGACAUAUAUUACACUGACAGCCAACUCUUUGGUAACCAGACUGUUGUGGACAAUAUCAUCAAUGAUGUUUCCUGUAUGUUGAAAGUGCCGAGGAGGAGUCUACACAUAUUCUCUACAUCAAAAGGUUUAAUUGCUGGCAACUUAAGGUAUAUAGAGGAAGACGGCACCAAGGUGAAUUGUGCAUGUGCAACCGCUGUUGCUGUGCCAUCCAAUAUUCAAGGAAUUUGGAAUUUAAUUACAGAUGCGAAAUUUCUGUUAAUUGUAGAAAAAGAUGCGACAUUUCAGAGACUCCUGGAUGACAAUUUUUGCAACAAAAUGUCUCCGUGCAUCAUGGUUACGGGAAAGGGAGUACCUGAUCUGAACACAAGACUUUUAGUCAAGAAGCUUUGGGACACAUUUCACAUUCCUGUGUUCACUCUUGUCGAUGCUGAUCCACACGGCAUAGAAAUAAUGUGCAUCUAUAAGUAUGGCUCCAUGGCUAUGUCUUUUGAAGCACAUAAUCUCACAGUUCCAGCUAUUAGAUGGCUUGGUCUCCUCCCUUCUGAUAUCAAAAGACUAAAUAUACCAAAAGGUACUUUAAUUCCACUGACAAAACGAGACCAAAUGAAACUUGACAGCAUUCUAAAGAGACCUUAUGUUGCUUGCCAACCAUUUUGGAGAAAAGAAAUGGAAAUCAUGGCAGACUCUAAAAUGAAGGCAGAGAUUCAAGCUUUGACCUUCCUCUCAUCAGAUUAUCUUUCCAGAGUGUACUUACCCAACAAAUUAAAAUUUGGAGGUUGGAUAUAAAAAUAUAUCAGACUAUAUCUUGUGAUUGCAAGAGGCUUUCCAUGAGUUUUGUUUGCAGCAGUAGAUACUGUUGUGGAAAGAAUGUGUAUGCUUAAUUUUAUAGAGAGAAAAUAAAAUAAUUUUCCAUUGUAUUUUUUUAAAUGUUGUACUCUAACUUUCUUUAGAAGGCUUUAUUUUAUCCCUCUUUGUAGAGAGUUGCUUCUAUCCCAUGUUCUAAAGUUAAUCGUAGAAGAGUGUGUGUAAUUUUGACUUUUACAUUGUAUUUUAGAAAAUUAUUCUACACGUCAUCAAAGUCUACAGAUAUAUUUUAUCUACUUUCUACAUACAAUUAAUGUUAAGGCAUGAAGUAUCUUAUUAAUAACAAAAAAAUGAUAGCCUAAACUUGACAGGUUGCAAAUGAAUUAUAGUGUCUUUUUUUUUUUUUUUUUUUUUUUUUUUUUGUCUUUUUGCCAUUUCUUGGGCUGCUCCCGCAGCAUAUGGAGGUUCCCAGGCUAGGGGUCCAAUCGGAGCUGUAGCUGCCAGCCUGUGCCAGAGGCACAGCAACGUGGGAUCCGAGCCGCAUCUGCAACCUACACCACAGCUCACGGCAACGCCGGAUCGUUAACCCACUGAGCAAGGGCAGGGAUCGAACCCGCAACCUCAUGGUUCCUAGUCGGAUUCGUUAACCACUGCGCCACGACGGGAACUCCAUAGUGUCUUCUUAAUUUCAACCAUUGCAGCAGUUUCUUCUUUACUACAUUUUUCUUUGCCUUCGUAGUAUCGGGGUCAUACCACAUUCACUCACCGAGACAAUCAGUAAUGUUUAUUAUGAAUAAAUAUUUGGGCUGAUGUCG